AUGAAUCUCCUUACUUUAUUGCUGAUGCGUACCAUCGUAAUCUCCCAAGACACAACUCUUUCUUCCUCUUCAUCUGUUACUGUUAACAAUAAUCCCACCACAACUACACCUUUGGCCAACACAAGUACUCCGUUUACCAGCCCAACUACACCUUUGCCAACUACACUGAGUACUUCAAACAGCACAUUUACACGUUUGCCGACUACACUGAGUACUUCAAACAGCACAUUUACACGUUUGCCAACUACACCGAGUACUUCAAACAGCACAUUUACACGUUUACCAACUACACCGAGUACUUCAAACAGCACAAAUACACGUUUGCCGACUACACUGAGUACUUCAAACAGCACAACUACACGUUUGCCGACUACAUCGAGUAUUUCAAACACCACAACUACACGUUUGCCGACUACAUCGAGUAUUUCAAACACCACAACUACACGUUUGCCGACUACACUGAGUACUUCAAACACCACAACUACACCUUUGGCCAACACAAGUACUCAGUUUACCAGCCCAACUACACUGAGUACUUCAAACAGCACAACUACACGUUUGCCGACUACACCGAGUAUUUCAAACACCACAACUACACGUUUGCCGACUACACUGAGUACUUCAAACAGCACAACUACACGUUUGCCGACUACACUGAGUACUUCAAACAGCACAUUUACACGUUUGCCGACUACACUGAGUACUUCAAACAGCACAACUACGCCUUUACCAACUCGUUCGAACACGAGUAAAAGUACAAUUUUUACUUAUGCUACGGAAAAACGACCAACUAAAACUUCAACAAAAUCCACUACAACUUCUUCGACAAUAUCAACUUUCCCUGCCACGACGAAAAAAUUUGUAGACAAAUUGUCUCUUGAAAAGAAUAAACUUCAUGAAAAAGAAUUGAAAAAUAAGAACAUUGUCAUUUUUGUUCUUUCCGGAUUUAUCGCUCUAAUCGUGAUCCUCCAAGUUUCUCUCAUUCUCAUCCGCAAAAUAAGACGCCAGAACUACCAAGAACUUUAUUAG